GCCAUUCUUUCAAUAGCCUAAAUUUCCCACCUGAAUCAUCUCUGUCGAGUACGACUCCUUGACCAUCCGAUCAACAGCCCCCUUUCGUAACCGAGGAGAAUUAUCGAGCUGGCUCAUCUCCAUUUCCGUAUGACGCGAUCGCUGGACCUGGCCUGCCGCACGUCUCACUUCCGCCAUGCCAUCCCUAGAGCCCCGCCGUCGGUCGAGAGCGCGGUUCGAGGAAGAGAAUGACGAAGAACAAUCAUCCGGCUCAACUUCUCCAAAACGGCAAAGGCGCGACGGAAAUGCUGGCGAAGAUCGCGAGAAUUCGACUGACCAGGAUGUCUCCUUCGCCGGUAGGGGGUCGCACCGGGAAAAUCGGGGAGAGAUACGAGUAAAGCCCGAUCCGGAAAGAGACGAUCGCGAGCAUGACACCAGGGAAUUUCAGACCGGAGCAAUCGUGCGGGUCCUGGUCGAGAAUUUCGUCACCUACGAACACGCCGAGUUCAACCCGGGCCCCAACCUCAACAUGGUUAUCGGUCCGAACGGCACUGGCAAGAGUUCCCUCGUCUGUGCCAUCUGUCUGGGCUUGGGUUACCAUCCAAAGCAUCUCGGUCGGGCAAGCAACGUAGGAGAGUUCGUCAAGCACGGGAAGGAGACUGCUACAGUUGAGAUAGAAUUACAGUGCCGACCAACCGAACGAGACAACUACGUGAUUCGCCUACAGAUUCGCAAGGAGGACAAUAAAACUAAGUGGUGGCUGAACGGAAGAGAUAGUACCCACCAGGCUAUCAAAAACGUCACUAGCGGACUGCAUAUCCAAAUCGACAACCUAUGCCAGUUUCUUCCCCAGGACAGAGUCGCCGAGUUCGCUGGUCUUACUCCCAUACAGCUUCUCCACGAAACCCUGCGAGCGGCCGCCCCGGAACGCAUGAUUGACUGGCAUGAUCAGCUAAAGGAACUACACAGGAAGCACAAAGAGCUGAAGAUCAGGCUUGACACCUGCACUGAGACUCUGAGAGGGCACGAAAUCCGCCAGCAGGGAUCGCAGGCUGAUGUGGAUAGACUACGCGAACGAGAGGCGAUACAAACCAAGAUUCAUGACCUCCAGAACGCACGCAAAGUUGCCGAGUACAAUACUCUUCGCCGUAUGGUAAAUGAAUCAAAGCGAAGGAAGCAGGAUGCGACCAAGAGGCUACAAGAACUCGAGCAUGCUUGUGGACCCGCCUUGCAGGCUGUUAACCUAAAACAGGAGUAUCGAGACAAGGUCCAGGCUGUCGUAGAGGAUCGCAAGAAGGCCCUGAGGCACGCCGAAGAGGCAUGCGACCAACUUCUCCAGAGUGUCGAGGCCCUAGAUGAACAAAUCAAGCAUGUUCAAAAUAAGAAGAGUGCGGAGGAGAGCUCUCACACCUCCAAGAGGGCCGAGAUUGCUAAGAUACGCCGCAUGAUUACCGACCUCGAGGCCAAGUUGCAAAACAAGCCCCCCGAGUUUGUUCCUUCCGACUGGAACCAAAAAAUUCGUCAACAAGAACAGAUCUUAAGAGAAAACGAGGCGGAAAAAAGGGGACUGCAAAGCCAAUUUGGCGAACUGAAAGCCCUUAACUUCAGCAAGAAUGAAGAGAGGCAAAGGCACGAAAGGGAUUUGGAAGCCCUGGAUUCCCAGGAGGGCCAAAAGCUAGCCUAUCUGAAGAAGAUCAAUGUAGAUGCCGCCAAAGGCUGGGAAUGGCUUCGGGAUCAUCAGGAUGAGUUUGAGCAGGAGGUUUUUGGCCCACCAAUGCUCAACUGUUCCAUCACGGACCAGCGGUACGCGGAUCAAAUCCAAUCACUUCUAGCCACUGAAGAUUUCGUCUGCUUCACCACUCAGACCCGCAAUGACCACAAGAAGUUAAGCAACCAAUUCUACAAGCAACUGUCGCUUUCAGUCACCAUUAGAACCUGCGGGAGCAACUUCGCCUCGUUUCGCCCACCUGUCUCUAACGAAGAAGCUCGCGGAAUGGGUCUCGAUGGGUUUUCGAUCUCAUACCUGGAAGGCCCAGAACCUGUUCUCGCCAUGCUGUGCGCAGAAAAGAGAUUGCACGUCUCUGGCGUUGCCAUUGGAGACAUUAGCAACGAGCAAUACGAUCGACUCGUCGGCUCGGAAAAAAUUAAUAGCUGGGCCACUGGCCGUACGCUAUAUCGCAUCUCGCGACGUAGGGAAUACGGUGGCAGUGCUGUUUCUACUAGUACGAGACGGAUCAUGCCCGGCCGCUUCUGGACGGACCAGCCCGUGGAUACUUCUGAGAGAGCUGCGUCGCAAAGACGAAUACACGAAGCAGAGGAAGAAAUUAAGGAAAUUAGGGGGAAAGGGGCGGUCGUUAAGACCCGCAUCAGAGAGAUAGAGGAAGCUGAAGAGCCGAUCCGAGAAAAAAUCGAUGCUCUGAGGAGCGAGAAGAAUGAGCUCCAGAAGGCAGCUACCCAAUACGCAACCCUUGGGGACAAAAUCGCGGCUGAGAAGGGAGCAUUCGAAAGCGCGCAGAGCGAGCUCAUGCAGUGUAGGAAGAGAAUAUUCGAGUAUAGUGCCCAGGAGGACCAGCUCAUCAUUGAGAAGACGAUAUCUGUACUGCAACACAAAGAACAGCUUUCCGAGAUCCGUGGUGCCCAUCAAGCAUUGGUAGAGGUACAAAUCCGGCUUAUCGAAGCGCGAUCGGAUGUGAAAAUGCUAGAAGAACGGAACUCCGAGAUCAAGCAACAGCUUGACCAAAAGCGAUCCGAGAUCGACGAUAUUAAGAAAGAGACUGAAGAGUUGAGAACCAAAGCGGUUGAAGCUAGACGUAAAGUGGAGGAAGCUGUCGCGACAAGUGGCGGAGCGGGGCUCCAGCACUGGAAUGAGUUGGUGGUGGAUAAGACCGCCGAGGACAUCGACAACGAGAUUGGCGCCGAGCAGACGAAGCUCGAGUUGAUCCACGGAGUUGACCCCGCGAUCCUGCGGCAGUACGAGAAGCGUGCGCAAGAUAUCCAGGAGCUCACCCUCAAGAAAGACGAAAUGAACGCUAAGCUCGAAUCCUAUACCCAGAAGACGGGUCAGCUCAGGGAGAGAUGGGAACCUCGCGUCGACGAAGUCAUCUCGAAGAUCAACGACGCUUUCAGUUACAACUUUGAGCAGAUAAACUGUGCGGGCGAGGUUGGCAUUCACAAGGAUGAAGAUUUUGAACAGUGGGCUAUCGAGAUCAAGGUCAAAUUUCGCGAAAACGAGACGCUGCAGCAGCUCAACCAGCACCGGCAGUCGGGCGGCGAGCGGGCGGUGUCGACCAUCUUCUACCUGAUGGCGCUGCAGUCGAUGGCGCAGGCGCCGUUCCGCGUCGUCGACGAGAUCAACCAGGGCAUGGACCCGCGCAACGAGCGGAUGGUGCACGAGCGGAUGGUGGAGAUCGCGUGCCGCGAGCACACGAGCCAGUACUUCCUCAUCACGCCGAAGCUGCUGACGGGCCUGCGUUACGACGAGCGCAUGCGCGUCCUGUGCAUCGCGUCCGGCGAGCACGUGCCCCCCGCCGACGACUCGAAGAGCAUGGACUUUGGCAACCUGGUCCGGAUACAGCGCCGCCUCAUGGCCGCAGUCGCUGCCUAGAAGGCUUGGCGGAGCCGGGCUUAGGCGCUAGGCUGCGUGUGCAGCCGCUGCCUCAAGUCUCUCUCGCACACAUUAUGCUACCGAUGAGACUAUACGAGCUACGAGACUAGCAGAAGGAUAUGACUGGCCGGUAUAAUAGCCGCGGCGAGGGUGCGCAAGCGUAUGUGCGAGAUAUGUACGAUGGGAAGGAAGUAAGGGGGCUGAGAGGGAGCUGCCCAACGCCGUUCUAAAGGGUUGCGGUGACGGCGGUCACCUAAG